AUGGGGGACCAGGGGCUGCCAGAGAACCAGCCUCAUAGGGUAUCUAGGUGCAAGCAUGUCUUGAAGCACAAGAAGGAGCAACAGAUAUGCCCUCCUUUCAUGGAAGGCCAUCACCGGAUGUUUUCUCUGAAAGAGCUGGAUGGCUUUACUAGACACUAUGAGCCAGGUGAAGAGAUACUAUCACAAACCAUCCUGGGGCCUCUUUUCCCUAGAAUUUCUCAUGAAGUACCCAGUACCGCCACCAAAAAGAGCCACAGUAAGCUACCCAAGGAUUCAGGACUGCUUUGCUCAGUUUCAGUGGAUCGGCAAGGAAGCACAAGGACCCAAUACAAGCUGGACGGCUUGUCUCCGAUGGAAGGUGAUGCUGAAGACCACUUCAUACAUUUGACGCAGAUAGCAAAAUAUGACCAGAAUCUGAAUAAAGGGCCUAACUUGGAAAAUCGAAUGGAAGCAAAUAAGAACAGUAAGUAUGGGAAACACCUUCACAGACAACUCAACCUGGGAACUCCUGAGAAGGCCAGGUCAAGCCUCAAGGAUUUUUUUCCUACACACACAUCCAGAAAUCAGAAUUUGCUUGGCUCCCUAAGUUCUGGAUACACACAAAGAGGAGGUGAUGAUAGCUAUGAAUGGAAUGGAGCACUGGGAAAUAUGGAUGUGUUGGAACAAUUUGACAUGGACUAUGCUUACCAAUCAACUUAUAAAGACUCUUCAGAAAAGAAAAUUAGUCAUCUUCCGUCCAAGCUCAAGUACUUCAGAGGGUUAAGCAAAGAAAAGGACAUCAAAUUCUCUGAACAGGAUUCAAAAUUUAAGAUGAAACUCCAAAAACCACAUGAUCUUUCUAUGGCCACCAAAGAGAAGUUUAAAUAUGGGACAUCAGAUCAGAAACCAAUGCACCGGAAAGCACAAACCAGUAAAGAGCCUUUAGGUGAACCAAAGAGCUUGCUUGAAAUUCAAGGUAAAAGCUUUUGCAAACCAGAUGUACUUGAAAAUCUCUAUGGAACAAUUGCCUUUAAGGAUUUCAUUGUAUCCAAGGGAUAUGACAUGCCAGGCAUACUCAAGAAGUUUUUUGUGAAAAAGGGAUGGGAUUACAACUCUGUAAAUACUCCUUUACCAAGUGUAUUAAAAGAUCAUGAAAUAACAAUGCAAAAUAUAGAUGACGAAGAUGAUCAGAAUGGUGGAAAGGAACUUGACUAA